AUGGAAAAAAACUGGGACCUUAUUCUUGCUUCUCUCCUAUCUACUGUCUUUGCAAAAGGUGGUUUCCUUACUGCUAGUAUUGGCCAAAACUCUGACAAAGUUUACACUCUUGCUAUGUGCAGAGGAGACUUUACUCCAGACGAUUGUUAUAAAUGUGUCAAUUCUACAAUCCACAACCUUAUAGCUAACUGUCCCAACCAGAAGGAAGCCCUUUCAUGGGAAGGGCAACCAUGCCAUGUACGCUAUGCAGAUCACUUGUUUUAUGGAGCCCUGGAGCUAGAUCCCCCUGAGGCAGUCUAUAACACCGGUAAAAUCACAUCUAACUUAACACAAUUUGAUAUGGUCUGGGAGAUUUUGAUGGACAGUGUGGUGAAAAAGGCUUCCAACGACCCUUCUACUCGUUUGAUGGUGGCAAUUUUCGAUGAUGGCAGAAAAAAGAUGCACUUCUUAUUAUCAACUUUGAAGAUUGCUUUUGUUUUUGAUACUUCAAGACCUGAAGAGAAUGAUAACGAAUCUGUUGUUGUCGUGAUGGUGUUCAACGACAAUAGGGAGUCGUACCCUUGCCAUUUUGGUAAAACGAUGGCAAGGGAGGCAAUCCUCAGGUGA